AUGUCUUCGGUAACGAUUCGUUCUGAACGGUUGGAUUCGUCCGCCGAACCUGGAGAACAGUCUUCAAGAGAGAAUGUCUUGUUUUCUUCUCUGUGGAGUCAGAUCAAAGACUUUGACAAUGCGCUUGCCAAUCCGCCGGACUACUCCAUCUUCAUUGAGAUUGUCGAAGCGUUGAUCCAACACCACAUCCCAUCUAUCGAGUUCGAUAAGCUUGGUGUCGAUCCUGUCAAGAAGACACAACCUUUACAUGGUAUAUUCUCCCUCGGCAGCGGAUUGACAUCAGACGUGAUCCGACACGUUACAACUUACGAAACCAACCACAUCGUGCCGCAAGGAUCCACUAUUGCACUGAAGACAUUUAGACCACACGGUUACGAUAACGCUUCUGGCUCGAAAGCGGCUAGGAGUUAUAGAUGUGAAGUCUACCAAGCUAUUUUACGCGAGAUUCGAUCCUUCUGCCACCCAGCCCUUCGUGGCCAUCCCAACAUUAUACAGCUACUAUUCAUCGGAUGGCAGGAAGAAAGUCGUUUCCCCAUCAUGGCUAUGGAGCUAGGGGAACAUGGCUCUUUGGACUUUAUCAUACGAGAGGCGAACCCUGGGCCUACACCUAUACAGAAGCGACACAUUACACUUGACAUUGCGCUUGGACUUAGAGCUAUUCAUCGCGCCGGGCUUGUCCAUGGGGACCUGAAGCCGGAUAACGUGCUUAUCAAGGCCCAUAACGAUCCUUGCCGCCAACUUACGGCUAAGUUAAUUGACUUUGGGGGCAGCUCUCCUGGUGAACCAGUUCAUUUCACUCCCUUGUGGAGUGCACCAGAGGUGGUGAACAAAGACCACGACAUCGAUUGGGAGAAGGCGGAUGUGUUUUCAUUUGGACUCACCGUAGCUAGUUUAUGGGCAAGGCUAGACGGCGAGGCCAAUAUGGAACCAUCCAGUUCUUGUAUUCUCUCAUGGUACACCAAUAUAUAUCCGGGUGGUUUACUUACAGAAUCUACUCUAUUCGGAAUCAAAAGUUCUCCGAAUGGGUGUAUUCAACUCUUCAACGGCAUUAUGGAGAAUUUCAACACGGGGACAGGAGCACUCGAUAGGUCCGAACUGCUUGAUAUUUUGACACCAACACUGCAUCCCUACUUUUGGCAGCGACCAAAAAUUGAAGACUUAGUUCAACUCUUGGUUUCUUUUGGAGAUAGGAUAGGCCGAGAUAUACGACAGGAAGACAACGUGACAGGGAACCGUUCCACUCAAGAAUGCCCAACGGAUCGAAAAAGCUUUGGAUCUGGUAUGAAUAUCGCUAUGAAGCAUCAAGUCGCACUCAUCAGAGAAUUCAUCUUUGAGCAGCAUUCAACCGUCCUCAAAAAUGCAGGGAGUUCGUUGGUUGGCAAUAUCACAAAUGAGAACCUGGACAUCCCAGAACACGGUUUGAACGACCUUUCUCAUGAUCAGUUCAUCGAAUGCUUACACGACGCUACUGAGCGUAUAUUUACGUCAGCUGCUCUCGGAUCUAAUACUAAGACAGCUGAUCUCGUCAAGAACGCACAAUUACAGAAUCUGGCUUGGUUUCUAGCACAUGUACACUCCAUCGAAGGCAGAUGGCGCGACCUAGAGGAAGCGUCCGAAUGGAUGCGUAUCUCUGCACUCUGCGGGUAUAAGAGGGCCAUUCAUUUCGCUGCUUUAAUGGAUAGAGGGACAACUAAUAGAAUUCCUGUGCGGCUGUAUCUCUCACUACUUGCCCUUUCCCAUUCGAACUCGGCAUUGCAACGGCUUUCUACAGAUUGGCCAGACCACUUCAGAAUUAUACGAGAAAUUAUCCAAGCGAGGCAUCUAAACAACGAGAUUCUGAAAGAAGGGUCAGAACAUACGUUUCCCCUCCAUAUAUUCACGACACAUCGCGUAACACGUCCUGUUGAAGAACCAGAAAUCACUACGCGGCAAGCCUUGGAGGCAGGAUUUAUCACGGAAAUAGAAAAGAUUCUUGAUGGCAACAUUGUAACACCAGACCUGGACGAAAUCCUACCGAGCUUCUUACAUGAGUUGCCGCACUUGGUAGACAAUGAAGCCAGGCCACUUGCAAGGGUCUCUUUUGAGAGGGGAGCCAUGUUGAACAGUCUACUCCCGUGCAAAUCGCCUAUUCUUGGCUGUGAGCCAUUGGAACGAAUUUGUGUUCCGUCGCCUGCGUCUUACUCCUCUCUAUCGUCAGCCAUAAUCCAUGGGAAGGAGAUGCUAGCCAUGGCUAUUUUCUGUCUUCAUGUUGAGGCUGAAACUCCCAUACCUGAUUUUUCAACGGUUCUAUCCCUGAGUUUCAGGUAUCUACAGCACGACAUGGGCGAAGUUUUGCUUGCCUUACUCCGGGAAAAUCCAACAAUGUGUUUUGAUGGUGCCAACCCUUGGGAGAUCAAUGAGUCCUCUCUUCAGGAACUGCUCAUCGUUACGAUGUCUCGCGAUGGUCCCACAGAGUAUGAGCGGCGGGCGAUACAUGGUAGCAAGUUUGAUUCUAAUUACGAGAAAUGCCUACAAAUUCUCCUCGAGGAAGGUGCAGAUCCAACUCAGGGAGUUGGGCAUGGCUGCCCUUUCUUCAAUACACUCAAAUGGGACGACUUUAUCGGACUCAAGUUGUUUCUUCACCAUCUUCAACAAAAUGGCUCUCAUUCUGCUAUCCUUGAUUGUAUAAGGGAUCCCGGGCACACUUGGGUAGGGAGAAAGGUUCUACCUCGAGCAUUGGCUAUGUGUAUUGAGUGCAAUUCUCCCCAAUGCCUCGAACUCCUAAUAGGAAGUUUCCCACACCUGGCAUUUGAGGAGCUUGAGCCAGGGUACACUUUGCUUCAUCAUGCAUGUCUCAUGCAACCCAACACGGAUUUGAUCCGCGUGCUCCUUGACAGCGGCAUUGAAGUAACAACGUCUAGACUUAGGGGCGACUACUUCACUCCACUUUUUGAGGCACUUCGUAAGAGCCACUUGACUGUCGCAGACUUCAUUGCGUCUCAGUGCCCUAACGAUCUAGCCAAACUAGUUAUCAAUGGCCACAUCGACCACAUGGAUGGUUUUCGAUGGCUUGCGAAGCACAAUGGAAUACACUUUUAUGGCCCGAAUGAUAUACCGAUCUGGGCAUACUUAUUCGGUCGACCCAGGCCUCCUAGCCUAUUGGAUCAGAUUCGCGAGGCGGAGCUUCUCAAUUUCUUGCUUGACCUCGACAUAUUUCGGGUUAGAAUCAAUGAGCCUAGUAUACAAGGGAUGAAGGUGAUUCAAAUUGCAGCUACAUACGGGCACAUUGAAGCCGUGAAAGUUCUUCUAAGUCGGGGGGCUGAUGCAAAUGCCCGGAGUGCUACGCAAGGAAUGUCCGCGCUCGACUUCGCCUAUCUUUACUUCGGUACAUCCUGUCCAGAAGGUAUCAAAGCGGCAGGUAGCCUAGAAAUGCAAAAAUGGAGGAAGGAUAUAAAUUCGACUAUAUGCUUAUUACGGAAAUACGCAGACAGCAGUCCCGCGGCAAACUACCGACGGGCUAUAGAGACCAUGGGUUCAUUCGCCCGAGAGCACCUAGUACCUCACAAAUUUUCGUCGGCUGCCCUCUUCAAGCGCCGUCAUUUCCAUGGAGACUGGCCCCAACCAAUCUCAUCAAGUGGUGGCGGUAGCUCAAUGCAACGACCGUUGGAUACUGAACCAAGUUUUCAUAACAUGAUAGGUGGCCUCUUAGAUGAUUUACUUAUGAACUUAUCUGGAAAUGACCUAGGAGAAACACAAAAACAACCCUUUCCUGAAUUUGAUGAAGUACUCAAGGAUGCAUUUUCGAAGGAUGAUUAUAUAUCUACUAAAGCGGACAUGGAAUCCUUCCUUCUAAAACGGAAUGACCUAAAUCGAAAUGAAGCCGACAGGCAAGAUGCUGCGUUCCGCGUGCGCGAAAUGUGGCGGCUGCCACCAAAUUGGACACUGCUAAGGAUCAGGGGAUUGCUAGAAGUGAUCUAUUUCAUUGACAAAACGAACAUGAGAAUCGUGCACGAGAAACCGCCACUCUAUUGCGGCGGGGAGGACGAGACUAGCACAUACGACCGAAAAGGCAAAGGCAAGGACAUCAGUAUUGUACACCAUGACCCAGGCCGUCAGUACUUGGAGCUAUCAAUCUCACCACGGACAACAUCGGACAGUGUCGGUGCCGAAUCAAACAUGUCUUGUUGUUUUGUCAAUAUACAGCCGAACCUCGACCGUAGCAAUCACUACGAUGAUGAAGUCACCACCAUUGUGGGAAGUUUCAUGGGAGAGAUACUUCAUGCUACCAUCGUAAGCGAUGAUUCGGAAAAUCUAGCAGCAUUGAUGGACGCCAUAGACGAUGUUGAGCAAACGGACUGGGAGGGUCUGACUCCGUUACAGCAGGCAGUUAUCCAUGGAAAAUAUGACAUGGCUAAUAUUCUUGUAGCUCAUGGUGGACAAGUGGACCGAAUGUAUCCUGAAGACGGUCUGCUGCCGCUUCACGUCAGCAUCGGGGAUCGGAGCCCUUCUAUUUUGGAGUUGCUCCUCGAGGCCGACGCAGACCCGAAUGGCAAGACGCGGGAUGGGAUCCCCCCUUUACAUUUCUGCCUCUCCCAUCACGACAAGCCGGAAAUGGUGAGAGCGUUGAUUCGGAAGGGGGCAGACGUGCAUAUGGUCGCGCAAAAUACCACGCCAUUGGAGGUAGCGUCGUCUAACGGCCGCGAAAGAAGUCUUGACGUACUUCGAGAAGCAAUUGAGGACGCAGGUAUCCGAACGAGUGGAUCUUCAACGACAUCUGUUGACUCGGAAUCUCGUCGUUCCGAGGAGAGCCCUGGUGCUCAGUCUAGUCAAUAG